AUGCCACUGGCGCCCUUUUCAGCCGUGCGGCAAGGCCAUUCAUCUAUCCCCAGCCUGCUUGGCCCAGUUGCCCCGACGCCGAAGUACUCGUCCCCUGGCUUUGGUUCCACGACCGCCAGCAGCAAAGUCUCUGUCGUCCAAGAGACGGGCUAUGCGACGCAGGAGCUGCUCGAGCGCCACCUCAAGAGGAAAUGA